AUGGAGCAGUGGGAGAGUGUUGGCGAUUACGCCAUUGGCAUCUCGUUGAUCAUCAUCGCGUGCCACUUUGCCUGGCAGGAGUCUGCCUACGUGGAGACGCAUGCAGAUGGCUCCAGUUCUCUCAGGCAGUGCGAGCAUGAUCAUGGUGGUGGGACGAUGCGGCGAUCAUCUCUGCGAGCGCCAGCAAAUGAUGCAGCGGAGGGUUCACACGCUGCCCAGUUCGAGUGCUCGCUUUGCCGUAAGCAAGGCCCCACGGACGGCGCCGUCACGUUCGCCGAGAGGCUCAUCUGCGCCGAGUGCAGCAGCACGGUCGCGCCCGUCGAGGAGCGCCCCGUGCCGGCAAGGUGGCGCCAGAAGGCUGCCGUCGACCAGCGACGCGCCAGCGUCAUCCUGCUCGGCGGUUUUCAAGGUAUCUGCUGCCCGCGAAGCUUGAUGGGCUUCAGCUUCAUGGCGGAGCUGCCCCCUCAGGGCCUGGCCUGCUUCAUUGUGACCUUCCUGGCCGUCUCCGUGCUGGGGCGAGGCCUGCUCGCUGCGGCCUGGGCCAGCCUGACGCAGCUGGGUCUCGGGACGUGCGUGCCCGUCAAGGUGGUGUACCGCGCCAGCUAUGCCCUGACCUUGCUGCUGGGUUUGGUUUGGACCUGGGCCACCUUCUCUGGCUUCGUGGCCGCGCUCGAGUCGCUCGCGCACACGGAGGGCGCGGCGCCCGGCCCCCUGCCCGCGGCGUGGCGUACAGGCGGGGGCGUGCCCGCCCGAGGCCGAGGACCGGGGACGGCCAGCGGGCGCGCCCGGCGAGGGGCCCCCCCCGUGUCAGCGCGGCGGCGGCACCCUGGAACGCCGCCAGUGCCCACGUGGCCCAGAAUCGGCCGGUGCCGAACGGGAAAUCGAAAACAAAACGGAAACGAAGAACGCUGUUGA